AUGGUAGGCAUUGGCGAUCUUAGUCGAGGUUUCAUCCGGGAAAUAUGCGAGUCGAAUACUGGCGAAGAGAGACCUGUAAUUCAAGUUUUGGAAGCAAGACCAUUGGUUAACAGCCAAGCUGAAUCUGCUUCAGAAGCUCAGUAUUUUCGGUUUCGAAUAUCUGAUGGAAUGUUCAGCUAUAAUUCUUGCCUUAAUCAAGCGAGUAUAACAGAAAGAAUCAAAACAGAUGCUCUGGAUCAGGGUAAUCCGGUAUUACGCAUAAAAUAUACAAUAAAGGCUGCUCAAAAACCACUGCUAAGAAUCAUGGAUUACGAAAUUUUGGGACGCGAUUUGCCGGUUUUCGGGAAUCCAGUACAUCAUUCUGGGAAUCCAAAUGAUUAUCGUGGAUUAAAUCCAAAUGCUAAUAUGCAUAAUACGCGUCUUGAACUUCGAUCACCCCAAAAGGGUGGCUCAACUUCGGGACAGAAUACUCCUCUUCGUUAUGGUGGCUCAUCGUCGCGUCGUUUAGCCAAUUUGGUGGGACAGAACUUGACACCGAUUAAACUAAUUACUCCAUACGUCAAUAAAUGGCGUAUUUGUGGUGUAGUGACUGCUAAGGAGGAUUUACGAAAUAUCAGAACAGUUCGAAGGGAUAUGAAAGUGUUCAAUUUUGAAUUAACUGAUGAAGAGGGCGGCUGUAUACGCAUUGCUGCAUUUGAUGAUGUUGCUGAAGAAUUCUACUCAAUUAUUCAGAAGGGAUCGAUGUUCUAUGUCUCCGGCGGUACUGUCAAACAGGCGAAUAAACGUUUUAAUACAACAGGACAUGAUUACGAAAUCACAAUAAGAAGCGACUCUGAGGUAUCACCGUGUUUGGAUCGUGAAAAAAUUGAGCAACCAAAACUUUCACUCAGUAUUGUUCGUCUUUGCAACGUGGCUAACCACGUUGGUGAAUCGGUCGAUAUCAUUGCCAUAGUAGAAAAGGUCAAUGAUAUAAUGCAAGUUACAGCACGAAAUACAGGCGCCCAACUGGAAAAGCGGGAUAUAGUGCUAAUUGAUGCGUCAGAAACGGAAAUCACAUUGACAUUCUGGGGUGAACAAGCUCGGCUAUAUGAUCAAGAAAUUGAGGGUCAGACUAUUGGUAUAAAAGGAGCAUUUGUUAAAGAAUUUAAUGGAAGUUUAAGUCUAAGUACCGGAAAUUCCAGUCGAAUAGAGCUGAACAUGGAAUGUGCUGAAACAGCAAAUUUAUAUAAGUGGUACCGAGAAACAAGACCUUCCAUACAGGCACGUAAUCUGACAACAACUGGUCUUACUACAGACAGUUAUGGACGAGAUCUCCGAAUCAUUUGUUUAUCUGAAUUUUGUGGAUUGGGACGAGAUUCGGAGAAAGGCACAUUUUUCAAUAUCACAGCAAUGAUCUCAUCUUUGAAAGCUGAUGGCGCUCUUUACAAGAGCUGUGGUACGAAUGGAUGCAAGAAGAAGGUAAUUGAAAUAAAUAACCAGUAUCGUUGUGAAAAAUGCGACAUAACUUUGGAUAAAUACAAAUAUGUUCUUCUCAUGACGAUGGAAAUAUCGGACUUUUCGGGAUCUCACUGGGUAACGGUAUUUGAGGAUAAAGCUGUCAAGCUUUUGAAAACUGAUGCAGAGCAGCUUGGACAGUUACUCGAUAAUAAUCUGCUUGAUGAAUAUAAUGAGGUGUUCAAUGCAGUCCGCUUUCGUGAAUAUACAUUCCGUAUUCGUGCUAAAUCGGAAUUUUACAAUGGUGAAGAAAAAAAUAAAUGGAGUGUUUUCGAUAUUAACGAGGUCAACUAUGACAAAUAUAUUGAUGAACUUACACGAGCAGUGAGUAAAUUGGAGGAAUUGUAG